UCUGCCUGUAGCGGUUCUUCGUAUGUCCCGGCGGUAAGAUGGCUGCGCUGGUAGUUGGAACUUCAGGUCGACUCCUGCGAAAGACAGCCGAAUAUCCCGCCGCCGGGAGGCUGGUUGCGGACAGAGUUGGCUGUUGGAACUGCUUUCAAGGAGCAAAACGUUACUUGUUAACAGAAGAUGUUCUGCAGUUACGUAAAUUUCAAGAAAAGAAAUUGGAAAAUGAAUAUAAACUAUAUGGACAAAAAGAUGAGUUUUUCAAAACUGUUGAAAAAAAGUUAGCAAAUAAUACCCUUAUCCUCAAACUUGAAUUAAUAAAUAUACUAUAUCUAUGUCAAUCCAAAAAUGAAAUAGAAUUAGUCAAAAGAACCAUAUACAGGUAUCACGAAGAGAACAAAAACAGGGCCUUUGGGGAGUUCAAAUUUGGACCCAUAUUUAUGAGGUUAUGUUAUGAACUAGACCUUGAAGCAGUUGCACUGGAACUCAUCAAAGACCAGUCUCUAAAUGGCUUCUUUGGAGAUUACACAUCAUUCAAUAUAUUAAUGGACAUGUUAUUUGAAAAGGGCCAUUAUGAAGAUGCUCUGAACGUGCUAUUAGAAAUGGACAGGGCAAAUAUCAGAUUCAGCCAAGACACCUACUUGCUUGCAUUUGCAAUAUGCUACAAACUGAACAGCCCAGAAUCGUGGAAAUUUGUUAAUACGUUACUUGAAGAUAAGCAUCUCCAUGGACAUGAGCUUUCAAGAAGAACACAAUAUUUUAUAGUAGCACUUGGUCUGAAACAGAAUGACUUUUUGAAGGCCCAGUACUAUUUUUCACAGUUGCAGCCCACUGAAAGUAUAAUAUAUGAUAAUCUAAAGAUCCUUCUUUUGGCUGCCUUUGGAAAUCUAAAGAAUCUUGUGCAAACACUGGAAAAAGCUUCAAAAAUCGAUACAUAUUUUGUGAGAAAACCUAACUUCUGUAAGGAUGUGAUAAUCGCUGCCAGGGAAAAACUAGAACUUGAUCCAGACUUCAUUAUUCAGUUUGAAGAAAUUGUCACCAAGUUAAAAGUCUCAGGACAGAUAAAUGAACUGACUCUGGAUGACCUGCUAUGUGAGGUCCCACAUCCCAAAGGGUACAAAAUGCAGCUGCUGAAAGAAACAAAACGGAGUCAACGAACGUUACAGCCUCUUCAGUCGUUUCUGCUAACUGAUUGAAUACACUUUCUCCAUCAGGAAUUCUGUCCUAGAAUACACCUGCCUCUUUUACAAGAUUUUCAUUUAGUGUGGGGUUUUUUGAAGGAAUACUGAUAUUCAUAAAUUAUAUGAAUGGUUUUGCUGGUACAUUGCCAAGUAAAUAAUGUAAAAACCUAACCUAACUUCAUAGUAGGCAUUCUGCAGAAACAGUUAAAACAAUCUGCAGAGAAAAUUGCAGUUUGCCAAACACAUCAAGGCUUUUCUUGAUUCCAAUUACCAUGUUCAUUGGUUUCUAUUGGAGAGAAAGUGAUAUGGAGAAGACAGAAAGGACUUUCCCUUCUUCCGUUCUCUUGAGCAUAAAGGGAAGAAGCUCUAAAGGGAAGAACCCCUGUUAAAUAAUGUUACAUAAUAUUGAGCUAGGGAAACACAGCUUCAGGUCCACACUUAGCCUCAAAGUUCACUGAGCUUUUUUGGGCUAUUAACAUAUCACAUUCACCCAUGAUCACUUAAGCAUGAUUUUGUUAGUAACCAAAUUGACUAGAUUUAUUCAAUAUGCCAAACUAUAACCACAGGGGCUGGAUUUGCACAACUAUUAGGUCAAAGUCAAAUAAGGCACAUUUGGAUUGAGUUCACCAAAAGUGGUCUGCUAAAAUAUAAUUAGUUUCUGAAUUAUUACUAUGUUUUUAUCCUACAUUAUCUCUCUGUCUCAGUGGUGAACAUAUCUAAUACCCCUAUCUGUAAUUUUCCCUCCAAUAGCCACCUUGUGAGGUGGAUAGGUCUGAGAGAGAGUGACUGGCCCACAGUCAUCCAGCUAAGAGAGGCCUACAAUUCAGUCUACUGGUUUCUAAAGCAGCACCUUUACCACUACGGGUAGUCCUCAAUUUACAAUCACAGUUGGGACCAGAAUUUAUCAUAAAGUGAUAUAGUUGUAAAGCAAGUCAUUGUAUGACCGAAUCCAAUUUUAAAAUCAUUUUACCACAGUGAUUGUUGUUAAACGAAAAAUUUGGGUAUUAAGCCAGUUGGUUUCACCAAUUAACUUUGUCAGAAGCCAGCUGGGAAGGUCACAAAUCAUGAUCACAUGCACACAAGAUGAUGCAACCAUCGUAAAUGCAAGCUGGUUGCUAAGCUCUCAUAUUGUGAUCACAUAACCACGGGGUGAUGUAGCAUUCACAACUUUGAGGGUGGGUCUAAGGUCACUUUUAGCAAGGUUGUCACAGCUUCAAAGUAUCAUUAAAUGAACAGUUACAAGUCAAGUACUACCUGUAUAGCAAACAGGCUCAUGAUAUGGCAUUAUACUGUAAUACAUAGUUCAUAUUGUUAAUGUAUGGUUCAUUGUGUAGUGGGAGCACAGACCAUUGGACUCAUUCAGAUAGCCAUAGUUAGUUAUUUUGGUAUGGGCUUCGUAUGCUUUCAAGCAAACCUUUUGGAAACUUCUGAUCCAAAGAUCUAUAAAAGAUUUGGGAAGCCCUUACAAAAUGCCUGUCCUAUCUGUUCUUCCCUCCCUCCACCUGUUCCCUGAGCCUAUCAAUUUAUAACAGAUUCUUUCAUAGUCCUGCCUGAUUUCAAUUUGUCUUGCUAACUUGGAUUGAAAGUUCCUUAUUUUUUUUAGCACGUAUAUAUUGUUACUUUCAUCUGAGUGUGUUUACCAAAAUUCAGAAUUGCCUCAGUAUUACUUAGGAAACAUAUUUCAUAAUAUCUUAGUAAGGAGUCAUUUUCUAGGAAAAGGGAUCCUUAACACAUAAUGGAACAAGAGCUGCAGAAACUAUAUUGACAGAGUGGUAGAAAUAAAUAUGAUCCCAAACAUGGAAAUAUCCAGGAAGCUGAAAUCCUAAGCACUCCCAGUGCUUGGAAAUAAGUACUGUUGAACGAAGAGUAGUUGGGGUCAGCCUGAACUAUAUGUGAUGUCUGUAUCAGACACAAAUCAACAAGAUUUUAUGAAUUUCCUUUAGAUAGAUUCAUAUAUAGCAAUAAAACAUAUUUCUAUGUACUCCUAUCUUCAAAUAAUAUUUUAAAACUGCCUUUAGAAAAAGAGAUAAUGUAGGAACUGAAUUUUUGAUUUUUCAAUGUCUUGUCAAAAUACUGAAACAGACAGUAGAGGGUGCAGUAUUCAUUUCUUUGUAAAACAAUCCAUCUGAUUUGAAUGGUGAAUGCAAAUUAUAUUGGAGGCAAUUUAAAAAAUGUAUUACCUUUUGCAUUACAAAAUUAGUUAAAUAUAAAAUUAGAAAUACACUGAGUGUAUUUCUAGGUGUGGAAUGAUUCUGAAUUUCAUGUGUGAGAGCACAUUUUCAGGCAAAGAAUAAUUUUGGUGUGCUAUCUGAUAGGUCUUUUGGAUUUACCUGCAAACUGAGGAAUAGUGCAUUCCCUCAAGAACUAGAUUUAGUCCCAAUUUCGCACUUAUAAGAGAAUGAAGAUGUUCCUUAUCACCCAGGCUUAGUUUAUUUUAACUUCAGUUUUACCUGUCUCCCCAAAAGCUAUUUACAACCCAGUUUUGAAAUUAUGUACAAUUGUCACCUGCACAAAAAUAUAGGUGGGUUCACCCUUUUGACCGACCACAGAGAAGCUACAGCAAUGUCUCCCUCGCCUAUCUCCCCCAUCCCAUAUUGCUGGGUCCCUACCUUGGGCCUGCUUUCCCACCCCACCAGCUCUCUGCAGCCUUUGGGCCUGCUUCACAAGCCACAAAGUUGCACAUCCUCCUCUCCACCCUCCAUCACUGAUCAGUCACUUACCAUCUGUACUGUAAAGCUCCAGAGUUAACACUGAGAGCAGGUCAUUCCACUCCUCGGCUUCCUUAGGCUGCAUGGAUCCACCCAGGUAGUGGAUCCCAUUUUUGGAGCAGAUUCACAUAGGUGAAGCAGCCUGCUCUCCUCUAAUGCGAGCUCUGAAGAUCUACAGAAGUUAAGUGAGAGAUCGAGGGGUGUGGGUAGGAGGAUGUGGGUUGCCACUUACCUUUUGUAGAGCUCUGGAGACCAUGUUGUGGAAGAACACUAGGCUGCUCCACCCCUCAGCAUCCCUACAGGCUAUAAGGCAUGGUUCUGUAAUGUGGCUUCUCCAAAAAUGGCACCUUGUCCAGGACCAUGUCAUGUGACCUGCAGGGAUGCUAAGGGGCAGAAUGGCCUGUUAUUCCCCAAUAUGAGCUGAUUGGUGAUGAGUAGGAGAGAAUAUGGGACCCAGAGGGAUGGGAAAGCAGGCCCAAGGUCUGCAGGGACCUUGAGGAUGCAAAUUGGGUUGUUUCAGGCCCUAUGUAUAGCUUAACACAUUGUGCAAAGCAAGAUAAGUGUAAUGUAUACUGUAAACCAUGAUUAAGCAAGCUGUUGUUUAGUGUGUUGUAUGAUCCCAGUGCAUUUUCAAUCUGUUUCCAUAAUCUUGAAAUACUGAUCUCAAUAGUUUACAAAACAUACUAUAGAGCUUUAAAGUCAUCUUAAAUAACUGAAUGUUGAGAAACAACAUGCAUGGCUGUUAAAUAACUAGUUUUCCGCUUGCUGCUUAAUACUGUCAAUUAAUAGUCUUUUUUAAAAAGUAAUAACAGAAAGAGGUCUCCUUUGGCAGUAAUUGCCUCUAAAAGAGCAUGCCUAUUGUUUCUUGGGACUUGAAUCAGCUGUAUAACUGUCUUGAACUACCUUGUAAUAUGAUAAGAAGUAUUGGAACAUGCUCAUCAAAAAUUCCCCAAUUCCUAACAAUUGAGUAACAUCAAGAACAAAAAGGGUUUUCCUUUCUUCCUCUAUUUUUAUCUAAAUUAAAUGAAGUAUCUGUCCUGUAUGUGCAGACUUGAAUGCA